UGCAGAGCUCAGCUAUUUCUCUACACAGUAAAGCCACCCUAGUCAGAAACCAAUCCUCCCAACGCCUCCUCCUCUUCCUUCCCCUCUCUUUGUCUAUUCAAUCCGCCGCGAAUUUUCUGGAGACACGAAUUGAUCGUUGUUUAUCCAAGGGGCUACCUGAGAUAACAAUCGGAAUCGGAUCCGAAUCAUGUGGAGAAGGCUAGCUACCCAACUCCGAACACUCGCCCCGACCCGAUCCGCGCUCAGGCCUACCAGGUGCACCGGGGGAUCGUCGAGUGAUUCGGUGAAUGGCAUCCGUUCAUUUGCUGCUGUUUCUCGCCAUUUCAGUACUGAAUCUGUGGGGAAUGUGACUGCAAAACGAGUUGAGGACGUAAUGCCGAUUGCUACUGGUCAUGAGCGGGAAGAGCUCGAAGCGGAGCUGCAAGGAAAGGACCUUCUGGAAAUCAACUACCCAGCGGGUCCCUUUGGAACGAAGGAAGCACCUGCUGUGAUCAAGUCUUAUUAUGACAAAAGAAUUGUGGGAUGCCCUGGAGCUGAAGGCGAGGAUGAGCAUGAUGUUGUUUGGUUCUGGCUAGAGAAGGGCAAGCCACAUGAGUGCCCAGUGUGCUCACAGUACUUCAUGUUGGAAGUGGUUGGCCCAGGCGGACCUCCUGAUGGACAUGGAGACGAUGAGGAUGAUCAUCAUCACUAAAUAUACUCGGCAAUUUGCUGCCAGAAUAAGAUCUGGGGACAGGACAAGCGAACUUUGUAAUAUUCUUCAGGUUUUCCAAAAGCUUCUUUGUUUCGCAAAUGCUUUGAUGGGAUCUAUGGUUUUAGGUUGCUUUUGCAACAAUUUAACCCGUUUCUCGAUGGUGGUUUUUUGGAUUUAAAGACAUGGGGAGUCGUCCAUUAGAAAUAUGGAUUUCACCCUUAAUCCUGUAGGAUACAAUAAUGGAUGGCAACAUUCAGUUCAUUCUAGCCACUUUGAUUGUUUCUGCAAACACAGGGAUCUUAUUCUCCAUCAUUCUACCUUCCAAAUACAUCAUUAUGAAGUUAAGCAG